AUGUCAGCCCGCCGCGCUCCGGCGCGCUCGCGUCGUGUCGAUGACGCCCUCUCGCAGCUGAUCGAUUCUAUGCUGCCGCCACUCUCUCUAUCUGCUUUGGGUGAUGAUUACUCGGCAGAUGAAGAGGAUGCUCUCGCAGCCGCCGAGGAGCGUCGGCAUCGCGACCGUCUGGACCGUGCCUGGCGCAUCCUGGAGACCGCCGCCGACAGCGGGAGUGGUUCCGCUGCAGAGAACAUCAACAACGCAUCGGACCUGAUUAAGCGGAAGCUGCUACGGGAGAACGCGAGCCCGGAUAAGGCCGUCCGUUUUUCCAACCUCUAUUCUCGUCUGUUGACGCAACCGGUGCUGAGUCAGAAAUGGGCGAUCUUAUAUCUUCUCUAUCGACUGUCGGAAUCGCAAGGCGACGAAGGCGAGCGAAUGGAUGAUGGGGAGCGAUGUCGAAGUCCACUGAUGGAAGAGGGGAACCUGGAUAACAUGCUGUUCAAGGGGUCAAGGAAUAUUCGGCCUGGAGGGAGGAUGGUUGAUGACAUCGACGAGGGCCCAGCCAUCAGUUCGUCGGUGUCGCAGCGCGGAGCACGCCCAGAGAGGAGGCCUUCAUUGAAAGCGCCAACUGAGAGGCCAAGAAGACAAACUUUGACGGAAGAAGGCAAAGAGAGUCGUCUGGGUCGAGCGCGUGCAGAUAGUGCGGCCAAAGAUACUGUUGUACCAGCAGAAGACAACGCCUCCCCUAUGGCAGUUGAACCUGUCCAGCAGACAAUGAAACCAGCCGAGCCAGAGUUGUUGCGUGAUCUCCCAUUCAUCCUCCAGGGGCUGUCUUCGACGAAUGUGGAGUUCUCUUCAUCAUCUGUCCUCAAACUGCCUCCGACAUUGCCAAUCCCGAUGAUAUCGCUUUUACACACGUUGGCUGAACCGUGCCUGUUAUAUAGAGAGCUAUCUGCAUUUGUUGACAGCUCGGAUGGUGGACUUGUGAGUCAGGCUCUCCGAGCUGCGAUUGGCAAUGAGCUGCGCUCGUAUCUGAGUCUAGUCGCCACUUUGGAAGGUGAAAUCAGGAGAGCUCUGACGGCUGCAGCCGAUGAAAAUAAUCCAAAAGGCGCUGUCAAGGGUGCGGUUACAUUGAAGCGGUGCGUAGUGUGGACAAGAGAAGCUACAAUGGCAUUACGGUUGAUGAACGUGAUGGUUGAAGAGGCUCGAAAUAAGAAAGGAGGUCAAUUAAUCUCUUUGAUACACGGUUUUUCGUCCUCUCAUGGAGAUCCUUUCGUUUGUUCUUUUGCAGAAAAGUUGUUAUCUCACGUCACCCGUCCGUUCUAUGACAUGCUACGGCUAUGGAUCUAUGAUGGUGAACUUUCCGAUCCAUAUAAGGAGUUCUUCGUCACAGAGCCGGAAUUCAGGCCCAGCACGGAUCCACGACGCAUUGCAACCAGCGUCUGGGAGGACAAGUAUAAACUGGACGAUGAGAUGGUCCCGAGCAUCAUCACACAGGAAUUUGCGAAGAAAGUAUUUCUUAUUGGGAAGUCUCUGAACUUUAUCAGAUAUGGCUGUGGUGACUCGGCUUGGGUAGAAGCAUAUUCGAAAGAAGCGUCCAAGGAACUGCGGUAUGGUGACACUGCGAGUUUGGAGAAUUCUAUCGACGAGGCUUACAAGACGACCAUGGCGCGCUUGAUUCACCUGAUGGACACCAAGUUUAAACUGUUUGAGCAUCUGCGGGCUCUGAAGAAGUACCUGCUGCUCGGGCAAGGAGAUUUCAUCGCUUUAUUGAUGGAAUCACUGGCUUCAAAUCUCGAUCGUCCGGCAAACUCACAGUACCGGCAUACUCUUACUGCCCAGCUAGAACAUGCUAUUCGUGCUUCGAACGCGCAAUUUGAUUCCCCGGACGUUCUCCGCCGUCUCGAUGCACGCAUGUUAGAGCUAAGCCAUGGUGAAAUCGGAUGGGAUUGCUUCACCCUCGAGUAUAAAAUUGAUGCUCCGGUGGAUGUAGUCAUUACUCCAUGGGGAUCAACACAGUAUCUUAAAGUCUUCAAUUUCCUGUGGCGUGUGAAACGGGUUGAGUUCGCCCUGGGGAGCACCUGGCGACGAUGCAUGACCGGCGCGAGAGGAGUACUGGGCGCUGUGGACGACAAGGUCGGGGCUGACUGGAAACGUGCGCGCUGUGUGAUCGCCGAAAUGAUCCACUUUGUUUGCCAGCUGCAGUACUAUAUUCUAUUUGAAGUUAUCGAGGCCAGUUGGGACGAGUUACAGGCCGCUAUCUCGAAGCCUGGAUGUACGCUCGACGACCUGAUCGAGGCUCACACCAAAUAUCUCAACUCCAUCACGCAUAAGGGUCUGUUGGGCUCAGCUUCGACGUCCCGGGGCUCCUCGUCUGGGAAACAGCCGGAAGAGAGCUUCCUCAGCCAGCUGCACCAGAUUCUGAAGAUUAUGCUUGCAUAUAAGGAUGCAGUUGAUGGCCUGUACUCCUUUUCGGUGGCGGAGUUCACACGCAGACAGGAGCUCAGCGCGAAGAUCGAAACUCGCACAGCUCAGGGACGCUGGGGAGUGACGGAACGGGACUUUCUGCCUUCCUCCCGACGGGGACAAGGACAUGUCAAGUCGGCUUCGUCAUCUUUUUCUGGUACACAUGGGCUCGACCAGCAACAGCCUGACGGGGCAGACACGCCGACACCUCUCCUCGCCCCGGGCCCUUCAGCAGACGACCACAUGCUUCCUUCUCUACGGGCACGGCUCCGCGACCUCUCCGCUGAUUUCCGCGCCCGUCUCAACGUCCUGCUUGGUGACCUCGCCUACCAACCGGAUGUCGACAUGCGGUUCUUGGGCGUGGUCAUGAAUUUCAACGAUGUGUACCAGCCCGUGCGGAGAAGAAAGACCGUAGGUGCCGGAAGCAGCUCCUCGAAAGAAAAAGAACGAGCAAGACGCAAAGCUGCUGCAGCAUCCAGCGCAAGUGGAGAUGGGAGUGUCCAGCAGGAGAAGGAGAAGGAGAGGGAGAGGGAGAAAGAAAAGGGGACGACGGAUCCUGCAAAGGAAGCAGCUGGAAGUGGUGGAGAUUCAGGUACAGCCGGGACAGAGGGGUAG